GAAUUCACAUUUUUCAACAGAAACUACUGUUGAGGUCAGUGAUGACGGCAGCAUUAAGAGAUCAAUGAGAUUUGGAUUUGAUGGAGAAGAUUUUAUCAGUUUAGACCCAGACAGAAUGAUCGCAUACAAUCCCAUUGCAGUGAUGACUAAAGAGAAAUGGAAUUCUGAUGAUUCCUGGAACAAUUACUGGAAAAGACACCUGGAAGAAGUAACUGUAGAAAUGUUAAAGAGAUAUCUGGAAGCUGGAAAAGAUUAUUUCAAAAGGAAAGUUCAGCCUGAAGUGUUCAUCUCCAGGAGGGAGCCCAAUGGUCAGGACAAGCCGCUCACUCUCUCCUGCCUGGUCACUGGGUUUUAUCCUGUAGACAUCGAGGUGACCUGGCUAAGGAAUGGAGAGGUCAUGUCUGAGACCCAAUCCUCGGGGGUACGACCGAACCACGAUGGGACCCAUCAGAUCCAGAAAGAGAUUGAGAUCAAUGCUGGGGAUGAGGAUCAAUACUCCUGUCACAUUGAACACAGCAGCCUGGCAGAGGGCAAGCUCUAUCAGUGGGGUAAGGGACUGGAG